AUGCUGAGUGGACUCACAGGCGGGAAGGCAAUUGCGGCGGCCACCACAGCCCAGAAGUCAGGGGCAAACCGAAUUAUUGUGAUUGCUUUUGCGCGUUGGCGUGGUAUUUUUCUCUUUUGUUUUUUUGGGUGCCAUCGUUUUUGGUUCGUCUGUGCUCCAAUGGGGGGUGCCGCUUGCACCGCUGAGAGCCUUGAGCAAACGCCGUUGGCGCCUCUCUUUUGUUGGUUUGCCGUCCUGGGCGCAUGCGCCUGUUCCGUUUUGUUCGGGCAGCACGCACUUACCGGGCAGUCUGAGGCUGCGGCUGCGCUGGCGUCGCCCUCGCUUGCAAGCGUAACGAAGCAGCAGGAAAGGGGGCUGCAUGCGUCGUUAUUUUUAUUGUUUUUAUGUUUUCAUUUUUAUUUUUUUAAUGUUGCACCCCACUCCUGCUGCAGUGCGCUGAGGGAAGUGGGGGGCGUUGGGGAGUUUGUGGGGGUCGUGAUGGGAGGUCCCGCCGGCAUUGCGCACUGCGUGGUGAUGCUGGCAGGGUUUGAAGGGGCUGAGUGGGGGAGACGGUAA